GAGACAAUUUAGUUCAAAUCAAAAUCAUUUUUAAUGAGGAGGGAAGGUCGUACGAUCUCGUGACUGCAAGAUUAUUUUAUAGCAAGUGAACUGGCGAGAAGAUACCGAAGAUCCCAUCGAGUCCGUGUGAUUGGAUGUUGCUGGAAGGUGCGCGAUGAAAUGUAUCCCCGCAGACAAAUCGCGGGAGACGAUUUCCUAUCCUUAACAAUGUCUCGUCGGACGACUGAUGUGUGCAUCGCAGCUUGAACUUACACGAGUCGGAUGGAAGUAAGACGAAGAAGCAGGACGAAGCGAAAAAGUCCCGUUAUCGUUGUGGAAACAAACUAUUAGCGUAAGAUAGCACUCAUCAAGCGGAGGAUAGAGUGACGGAUUGAAUGUGACAGUCGCUCCGCUGAAAUAUAUCGCAACAGAAGUAACUCGCGUGUUGUCCCGACGACGGACGAUCCGCGGAAAAAUUUCGUGAAGUGCGGUACAGUCAUUUAAUGUUCGUAUAACGACACUGCAACUUGUAUCACAAUGUUAAUGGUAACGACGAGUAAAUCGUAACAAUUAUUUGUACCAAAGAAAUUUCGUGGAUAAUUAACAUGUGGAACUCUUGUUAUAUUCUGACGGAUGCAGUUUUCUUCCGUGAUUAUGUUGGACAAGAACUGAUAUAACUGAUUCUUGUUAAGAAGUGUUUUUAUAUAAGUGAAAUAUUUCGUAUUCGCGGACAACUCGGCACUUGGUAUGAUCAAUCUAGAACUUGUAAUACGUAAUUUCUUUCUUUGUUAACAACUAAAUAAUUUGAAGGUUUCAUAUCAGAGAAAUACUGAAAGAAAAAAAAGUUUUGAUAAGAUUUUGUAUCGAGUUUGGACUUUUGAUGGAGGAUGAGAGCGAGCAGUAGUCUCGAAGAGUCGACCGCGGGACCGACGGCGAAAUAAACGAGCACCCCGGUGGCAGGCCCUUAUGCUCAUGAGGCGGCGAUCACGAUGGAGCCACGUGCGAUGAUGAUGUCGAACCUGUCGUGCGACGGCUGCGCGGACAGCGACCGGGAUUCGGACAGUAGCAGCAUGAUCGUCGACCCGGUGAGUCUCGACAAGAACGACCUGUCGCCGCCGUCGCAGACGUCGUCGAGCCCGGUAAUACCGAGCUGCUCGCCGGUACCAACGUCGACGUCGGUGCCGCCGUCGGCCGGCAGGAGUCGAAGCGGCGGUGGUGGUGGCGGCGGCGGCAGCGGCGGCGGGCGAUCUUCUAAGAAAACGUACUCGAUGAUGUCGGCGUCGAGUCAAUCGGGAAAAUCCGGUGGUUCCAGUCAAUCGCCCUCCGGCUACGGUUCCGACAAAAUGUCGUCGUCCCUGAUAAAACCGCCGUACUCGUACAUCGCGCUGAUCACCAUGGCGAUCCUGCAAUCGCCGCAGAAGAAGCUGACGUUGAGCGGCAUCUGCGAGUUUAUCAUGUCCCGCUUUCCUUACUACCACGAUAAGUUUCCCGCCUGGCAGAACUCCAUCAGGCACAAUCUCUCGCUCAACGAUUGCUUCAUCAAGAUUCCGCGCGAGCCCGGGAACCCGGGAAAAGGCAACUACUGGACGCUGGACCCAUUGGCGGAGGACAUGUUCGACAACGGUAGCUUCCUGAGACGCAGGAAGCGAUACAAGAGGCCGCCGCCGCACUACGUGCUGCGGGACCGAGCGAUCAUGGCCACCUUCGCCAUCUGCGGCGACCGGGGACCUUGUCCGGGUGGCGGUGGCGGUCACCCGGGUGCUCUAGCCUAUCCCGGAGCCGCUUAUCUAUCGCCACCGCCCGGUCUGCCGUUGCUAGACUUCUCCCCGACGACCCUGGAGGCGUUGAAGCUCGGUGGGUUCCUGGAACCGCCGCCACCGCUCUACAAACCAGUGCCCAUCACGGCGCCGCCGAUUAGACAGAUGGACCCGACCUCCACCAGGAUCACGACGCUGCCGACCAGCCACACGACGAGCGUCGACAAGAAGCGCAACUUCAGCAUCGACGCGCUCAUCGGCAAGCAAGCAGCCAGCGAUCAGAACUGCGGCGCGUUAUUAGAUCUCAGCCCGUCGGAGCACAGAGAGAUUAGGAGCCAGGCGUCCGCCUUCUCACCGCUCGUCUAGGAGCCUGGCGACUUUUCUUUUCCAAUCGACAAAGACAGAUGGUGACUUUACGAAAGUAUUAACUUUUUAGCACUCUAUUGCGAGCUUGGCGUGAUUGAUAAUUAUUUUGGGAGGGCCAGAAGUGACAUAACUAAGCGUAUUCUUGUAAGAAGAAUUCAUAAUUAUUGCUAUAUAAAGAAGCGAGUUCCGACAUUAUCGACAGUUUGAAUCCAGAAGCUUCAGCUAUUCAGCUUCUGCCCCUCAAAAUAAAGAAAUGGAAGAGAAAUCGUAGUUUCUCUUCCUAGGAAGAAGAAUGAUAGGAUUUCAAAGUGAACACUAAUCGCGUUGGUGAACCGUGCUCAUCAAAGAUUGAUCAGAGACUUGACUGGUCAAAGAUGAUUCGAGGAAGUUUAAAGCAAUCGCACUGCAAAGGACCACUCGUUCCAGAGGCGAUGGUAAUUGAUGUCGUUUAGCAGAUAUUCUUUUUGACCAAUGCUGUCCAAAUGAAAUAAACAUUUUGAUCUCGCAAAUGAACAGAACAUGAUGUCGUUUCGCAAUUCAAAAAUCGUUUCUUCCUAUAGAUCACAGUUUAUUUAUGGUCUACAUCGAAGAAAGAAAUAUAUGUUAUUAAAGCAAAGUUUAAAAAAAAUAUUCAUUUUUUAUUAUAUCGUCAAUGUUUUCUAUAUCAUUUGGGCAGAAUUUAUCUGUAACAAAACUGUUAUAUUUGACAUGCGUUUUGUGAAGCUCCGACACGGAUUUCUGAAAAUUAGCGGAUGUUCGUUCUGCAUGUAUUAGCCGUACAUUUUCGCGAUAAAAUAUUCAGGCGAUUGCAGGCGACAAGAGGGACGUACAUCGAGAUCGAAAUUCAGGCAUUGUCUGUGUUAUAUCCUAGUUUUUAUUCGGUAAGGCGAAAUGAGGGUCAUGCUUCAUGUAAUCAAACCUGGCGAAAUUCCUGUUAUGAAAUUCCUGAUGGUCGUUUCUUACCGAGUAGGUAAUCAAGAUGCGUCGCAGAAACUAUAGAAAUACGUAUGAAUCGACUUAAUAAAGAUGUAUAUCGAGGAUAAUAUAGCGCAUCCCGUACAUAUCGGCGCAUCUCUGUAAAAAGGCGUAGUGCAAUAGAGCGUAGCAUUUUUAUUUAGCAAUCUGCUAAGUGCUGCUUCUUAAGACGACUAGUGGAAGAUGCAUUAUAAUUAUUUUAAUUCACUGCUAAAAUUAUAUUUCAAUCGUGAAUCUUUUUCCGUUCACUACUUUUUAUAAAUUUUUUUCGUAAAAAAUUUGUUUUUCAAGAGACUGAAAUCUUUAU